AUGGAAGAGUAGAGGUUUCUCGCGAAGACAAGUACCUCAGCACCCUUACGCCCGGAAAAGUGCUGGGCGAGCUCGCGAUUCUCUACAAUUGUAAAAGAACGGCGACGAUUAAGGCCGCAACCGACUGUAAACUAUGGGCAAUCGAACGACAAUGUUUCCAAACAAUUAUGAUGAGAACGGGCCUAAUCCGCCAAGCGGAGUAUACCGAUUUCUUAAAAAGCGUUCCUAUUUUCAAGAAUCUUUCCGACGACACCCUAAUCAAGAUAUCAGAUGUCCUAGAGGAAACCUUUUACUCUUAUGGCGAUUACAUUAUUCGCCAGGGAGCCCGCGGUGAUACGUUCUUCAUAAUCAGUAAAGGUAGGGUAAAAGUUACUAUAAAGCAGCCGAAUUCUUCCGAGGAGAAGUACAUUAGGACUUUGGGAAAGGGAGAUUUCUUCGGCGAGAAGGCCCUCCAAGGCGACGACCUUCGUACGGCUAAUAUUAUCUGUGAUGAUCCGGAAGGUGUCUCCUGUCUCGUUAUCGACCAGGAGACGUUUAACCAGCUAAUAUCGAACCUAGAUGAAAUCAAAACGAAAUACAAAGACGAAGGCGUCGAACGAAAGAGGGAAAAUGAAGAGUUUGACCAGGUUCGCCUUGCCGAUCUGCGCAUCAUUGCCACUUUGGGCGUCGGUGGCUUUGGCAGAGUAGAGCUGGUUCAAAUAAACGGUGACGCUAGUCGCGCUUUUGCGUUGAAGCAAAUGAAGAAAGCGCAAAUAGUCGAGACUCGACAGCAACAGCACAUAAUGUCCGAAAAGGAAAUAAUGGGCGAAGCGAAUUGCACAUUUAUAGUUAAACUAUUUAAAACGUUCAAAGAUCGCAAGUACCUCUACAUGUUGCUGGAAAGCUGUCUCGGUGGCGAACUGUGGACGGUCCUGCGCGAUCGGGGACAUUUCGACGAUCCGACAACGCGAUUUUACACGGCGUGCGUCGUCGAAGCAUUCGACUACCUACACUCUCGAAAUAUAAUCUACAGGGAUUUAAAACCUGAGAACCUGCUGUUGGACGGCAAUGGUUACGUAAAGUUGGUAGAUUUCGGUUUCGCCAAAAAGCUGCAGACCGGACGUAAAACGUGGACGUUCUGCGGGACGCCCGAGUACGUCGCGCCCGAGGUGAUCUUAAACAAAGGUCACGACAUUAGCGCCGACUAUUGGUCGCUGGGCGUGCUCAUGUUUGAGUUGCUAACGGGAACGCCGCCGUUCGCCGGCACUGAUCCCAUGAAAACGUACAAUAUCAUUCUGAAGGGCAUCGACGCUAUCGAAUUUCCUAGAAACAUUACUAGGAACGCUCAGGCUCUCAUUAAAAAAUUGUGUCGAGACAAUCCCGCCGAACGGUUGGGCUAUCAAAAAGGCGGGAUUAGUGAAAUACAGAAACACAAAUGGUUCGACGGUUUCAACUGGGAAGGGCUGUGCAAUAGAACAUUAAUACCUCCGAUAAUUCCUCAGGUGAAACACGUCACGGACACAUCGAACUUUGACCAAUAUCCCCCCGACAACGAUUCGCAUCCGCCCGAUGAUCUUUCCGGAUGGGAUGCUAAUUUUUAGUCGUAUUGUAGGCGCCGUUUUUUUUUUUUAAUUUAAGAAAGAGCUCGGAUCCUGUAAUGUCAGAGAAUAGACUGUUUACUCGAUCUAUGUACAUACGAUUUAUUUAGGUGUACAGUAUAGGAAAUUUUCGAAUCGUGAUCAUUACCUCGAGACAUUCAAAACCCAUGAUGUUUUCAUGACAAAUCAUAAUUUAUAUAUUUCAUAGAUUUUAUACUAAUUGUGCAAAUUUAGAUUUUAAGCAAAGCUGUUGUCAUUUUUAAAUUCACGUUUAUUAUAGCAAUUUAGGUGCCAUUUUAAAAUUGUUUUUGUGUGAUGUAAAUUAAAUAACAAACAAUAAGU